UGGUAGGUUAUACAAUCAUAAUUAUUUAAAGAAAAGGUCUGAAGCGGGGACCUCUGUACCAUCCUCUAAAGUGUUGAUGGCAUCAGAUAGGUUAAGUUUGGGAUCAAGACUAUGUGGGCAGGAUGAGUAUUAUCUAAAACCAUAUGCUGGAUACUAG